GCCGGUCUCGAGAACACACCUCCGACCCCCACUCCCACAGCUUAAGCACUGUUUCUGCAUUCUGAUCGACCUGAAGAUGGCUCGCGUCGCGGUCUCCGCAGCGGUCCUGGCCCUCCUCUUUGUCGCCGCCUCCGCCACCUACCGGACCACUAUCACCACCGUCGAGUUCGACGAUGAGGCCAAUCCCGGGCUCCGUGGUGGCAGCGGCAGAGGCAGCCAGCAGUGCCGCCAGCGCGUCUCCACGCAGCAGCUCCACCAAUGCGAGCAAUACAUUACCCAAGGAAGCCAUAGGGGUUACAUCGUGCUGCCGAGGCACGAGGGGGGCCAGAAGUCCCUCGAUCAAUGCUGCCAGCAACUGAAGAAGAUGGACCCGCAAUGCCGGUGCGAGGGGCUGAGGCAAAUCGUGCAGGAGCGGCAGCAACGGGGCCAGCACCAGGGACAGGAGCUGAGGGAGAUGGUCCAGAGGGCCCAGAACCUGCCCAACGCAUGCGGCCUCGGCACUCAGCACUGUGACAUCGGCUCCUACGGCGGCGGCCGCGGCUACUAAGGGCCGGAAGGCGGCGGUCCAAGUUUCGGGUUGUCUUCAAAAUAAAAAAAAAUGGUUCCCCUCUAGGUAGUGUGCAAAGAGGGUAAAGAAAGAGAGAGGAAAAAAAAAAAAAAGCGAGCGUUUUAUGUUAAUUAAGUGAUUCCCAAGGGAGUAUUUUAGGUCGAGCAGGUCCUUUGUAUGGUUUUGAUUAUCUCUAAUGUAAUCUAUCUAUCUAUCUAAAUAAAGCCAAGAGCUUAUUCCCACAA